GUCGAAUUGACCCGCUUCGACGGCACCGGCGUUCGGGCAGGAGAGCCUCGUAUUGUAUUAUCGACGUCGCAAAAUGGAGAUCAUGGUGGGUCCGGAGACGGCGAAGGAAAUUUCAGCGCGGCAGGAAUUGCAGUGGCCGUAAUACUCUCUAUACUCGUGACGGUUGCGGGAGGCUUGCGCUUUUGGUACAAGCGGCGCCAAGGGGAGCAAAAACAAGGUCUGGUGGAUGCUCGAGAGGAUGGCGUGGCUGAGGAAGCGGACAUGCUCGAAGUGGAAAUAAUCGAUCACGUUGGUGGGCGCGAAGAAAAAAGACCAGUGUCCGAUCUCGUAAGGGCGAGCGGGCAACAGCCACGGUACUAGAAAGAUUAUACAUGGGACCCUUUUACAACAUGAACAUCUUCUGUCUGUUCUUGUUACGCAGGAGCAAUCAGUUUACUUGUAAUAAUUUGGUGUUGUGAAGUUAGCUGUUUCUUCAGGUUCUCCUCUGCGUGGUACGGUCGAAGGCGCGAUCUUAUACCUAAAGGUAUGUGUGUAUUUUGUGGUGGGCGGCGGCGUGCUUGCAUAACCGGCUUGAAAUCAGAGAAGAACGCCUUCACUGAUGCAACGUUUAUUAUGACCUAGCAUGUGCUAGCGCUUGCGCAUCCACUUUUGAGUCAUUAGUUGUUAAGACGACACCGCUUUACUUGCAAGCUCAAGAUGAGAUAAACUUCACGAAAGCCGGCAGGAAGAAAUGAUCUAUUACAAUUAGCAAAGUCCUCUUGUUAGUUGUUGCACACACGAUCUGGCUCUAAUCUUCGUUGUUGUCGCGAAUGCUUCCCACAGUGGUUUCCCCAGUACGUGGGGCGCAUAGAACAGGAUCCGUUGGCAACCGAAGCGGACACAUUUUUAUGGUCAGUUUGUAUCCAAUCUCCUCAGCAUCCUUGUGCCCUUUUCGCUUGUUUUAUUUCAUGGGAAAGGGUUCGAGAUGAGGCGAGCGAGGUGAAUGAAAGCUGACUCUAACACUUCGGCCAGUUGCAAAUUAUGAGUUGGAACUAAAGCCAAUGAUUGGACCAGCAGACCAAGGAGAACCUCCUGGAUUAGCAUCGAGGGUGCAGACUAGUACCAGUGAAUUGCUGCAGCUGGAGAAUGGACAUGCUACUGGAGAUGACCACGGCAGCUUGAAUAGUAGACCUGAGACUGCUUCGAAGCUAAAUACACUAGCUGCACGUCCUUCGGUGCGACCACCACCAUUGCUCCUGGGAAACUAUGGCGACAUCGGCUCCUCUGACGAGAAGAAACAAGGACUGACUGGAACAGCUGCUGGAGAUAAGCAUGGUAGUGUUGACUACGACGGGCACGAACAGUUAGAUGAGUGGCAGGAAGAUGAUGGGGCGGUGGACGAAUGGAACGAAUUCGGAGCAGCCGAAGAGUGGAACGAAGACGCUGAAGGACACUGGAACGAACAAGACGGUGCGCAGGAGUGGGGCGAGGAGGCGGCGCAAGAGUGGGGGCAAGGUGACGGACAGGGAUGGAACGAAGACGGUGACGGACAGGGAUGGAACGAAGACGAUGGUGCAGGUGGGGAAUGGAACCAAGAGGAUGACGGACAGGGAUGGAGCGAAGACGAUGGUGCAGGUGGGGAAUGGAACGAAGGCAGAGUACAAGAGGGGAACGAAGAGGGUUGGGAUGAAAAUGCCGAAUGGGAAGAAAAUGCGGAAGGCGAAGCUACUAGCUGGGACAGCGAACUUCAGGUAGCAAAUUGCAAUGGAGAUGCAACCGGCGGUGAAACGGGCAAAGAAACAGAAGUACAGCACCACAUCGUAGAAGAUCAACUGGAGACGAGGACUUCAAAAGCAGCCAGCAUCGAGUUGAUUACUAGUACUCAAAAACAACACGGACUUUUGAGUAUUCCCGAGGACUCUGAUCAACGUGGUGCGGCUGCGGAGGGCAAUGAGGUGGCUGAUGAGGAGGCACACGACCGAGUGGAGAAGACUAAACCGAAGUUAACAGAAUCUGGUAGUAUAGUGGAAAAGGUGUGCGCUAUUUCCGCGAACGUGCAGCGUGUUCGAGAACCAAGGUCGUCGAGCGCGAUUCCGGAGGUCGCAGAUGCUUUCGCGCGAUCAUGUGUAACCAUUGCUGCAUCAUCAUCUGCCGACGUGCCAGAUGCAUCAUCUUCUAUCGACAUACCUGCAGCAUCAUCUGUCGGUGUGCCCGGAUCAUCGUUCGUGAAUAUCGCUUUAUCAUCCUCUGCGGGUCCUCUUGCGGGGAAUGCUGCUUCAGGUGCGUCUGUGCCAAAGGCUGACACGUCGGAGCCAGUAGAUGACGGAGACUUUUUCUCUCUUUUGCGUCUUGAAUCUGUGACAAGAGACGUCGCUGCCGCCACUGCCUCGCUGCAGAUCGGAGUAUUUUCGGAUUCACAACCUCCAGUCACGCAGCGCCGACCUAGCGCUCUUGCUCCUCCGCAAUGCCACAUGCCCUACCUGGUUCCUCAAGAGGUGCCUAGUUCAUCUUCCCAACAACUACACCCGCGGCGCGACCGUGAGCGUGAGCGGAGUAGAGCAAGGCGCGAGAGAGACAGAGAACGAUCUCGACGCGGGGAUGGAGAUAGGGAACUACGAGAACGAAGCAGAGCAGCCUCAGAGCGGA